AAGCGGCGCCGCCGGCCCGCCCGACGCCGGCACAGCGUCCCGAAUUUGAUACAUGAUAAGCUGAUCUACAAAGACUGAGGUUUUAUCUGACUAAGUCACUGAAGUCAUCCCAGAAGAUCUGCAUCCGGUGCAUUUGGCAUAGUGUCUGAGACUGACUAACCCAAGAGAUCACAAUGAUCCUCAACUCUUCCACCGAAGAUGGUAUUAAAAGAAUCCAAGAUGAUUGUCCCAAAGCUGGAAGGCACAAUUACAUAUUCAUCAUGAUCCCUACUUUAUAUAGUAUUAUCUUUGUGGUGGGGAUAUUUGGAAACAGCUUGGUGGUGAUUGUCAUUUACUUUUACAUGAAACUGAAGACUGUGGCCAGUGUUUUUCUUUUGAAUUUAGCUCUGGCUGACUUAUGCUUUUUACUGACCUUGCCACUGUGGGCUGUCUACACUGCUAUGGAAUACCGCUGGCCCUUCGGCAAUUACCUGUGUAAGAUCGCUUCAGCCAGCGUCAGUUUCAACCUCUAUGCCAGUGUGUUUCUCCUCACAUGUCUAAGCAUUGACCGCUACCUGGCUAUUGUUCACCCAAUGAAGUCCCGCCUCCGGCGCACGAUGCUUGUGGCCAAAGUCACCUGCAUCGUUAUUUGGCUGCUGGCAGGUUUGGCCAGUUUGCCAACUAUAAUCCACCGCAAUGUAUUUUUCAUUGAGAAUACCAAUAUCACAGUUUGUGCUUUCCAUUAUGAAUCCCAAAAUUCUACCCUCCCGGUAGGGUUGGGCCUCACCAAGAAUAUAUUGGGAUUCUUGUUUCCUUUUCUGAUCAUUCUUACAAGCUACACUCUUAUUUGGAAGACCCUCAAGAAGGCUUAUGAAAUUCAGAAGAACAAACCAAGAAAAGAUGACAUUUUCAAGAUAAUUUUGGCAAUCGUGCUUUUCUUUUUCUUUUCCUGGGUUCCGCACCAGAUAUUCACUUUUAUGGAUGUGUUAAUUCAGUUGGGCCUCAUCCGUGACUGUAAAAUUGAAGAUAUUGUUGACACAGCCAUGCCCAUCACUAUUUGCUUGGCUUAUUUUAACAAUUGCCUGAAUCCUCUCUUUUAUGGCUUUCUAGGGAAAAAAUUUAAAAAAUAUUUUCUACAGCUUCUGAAAUACAUUCCCCCAAAGACCAAAUCCCACUCAAACCUGUCCACAAAAAUGAGCACACUCUCCUACCGCCCCUCAGAAAAUGGAAACUCUUCUACCAAGAAGCCUGCCCCAUGCCUUGAGGUUGAGUGACACCCUUGAAACCUGUCUGCGAAGUCACCUUAAAGAAGGAGCAAGAAAAGCAUUCUUGUACAACACCUCACUGCCGAAUGAGCAUGGGCUACAUUUCAGAAUUAAAGGAGAAAUAGAUCAUGUGGACUGAACUGAGGCAUCUACAGCUCUGAGC